UGUUUGACGUGACACUCCCCCUGGUCGAUGGGAGGCCGACGUCAUUCUGCCAGCGGAGGAGUGGAUGGCCUCUGUAAUAAAAAUACAUGAAGAGAAUUGAGGAAAAGGAGAAGAUUGGCCGGGGGAAAAGCAACAACACGCCGUCUAUUCAUUUCGUAUCAACCCACGGCUGAACUGCAGACGUAGACGCCUGUUGUACUCAAACUGGGACUUGUUUUCGCUGCUGCGCCGAGGGCUCCGGCUAAAAUGCGAUGUUAUGUGUGUCUUUCUUGGUUUUUUUCAGCAGACAGAGAGAGAUAACUGUACUGUAUCCCAGCCUAGCGGAUUGGAGUGAAAGUCCGCCAUAUUCUGCCUUACCACGCCCGGGAGUCGAGCCAUUGGAAAACAAACGGACAGCUGUAUUUACAUGUGAUUUCCCUCUGUCGUCUUCUUCCACGGACGAUAACUUCAACACGAGUGGAUUCUGUUGAUUGAAAAAUAGCAACAUUGAAGACUUUGGAAAGGGUGGCCGGGCACGGAUGGCAAUGCUUCACAGUUAACGAGAUCACCCAGAGCUUGUACGGAGGAUGUGUCUUUAAAGGAUCUGUUGAUCAUAUUGAGAAGGAAAAGCAGAUUACACCAAUUAAGAUUACACUGAUAUUAAUCUCAAACCGCUUUGGACACUUCUUUUUGGAGCUGUCGGGAGGCACAGAAAGCGAACCGAAACGGGGGGAGGGGGGGGUGGGGGGUAAAUAAUAAUUUCUCACAUAUCUAAUUUUCGUCCCAAGCACAAUCUGUGCGCUGUACAGACUCAUUAUAAAGGGCGUCCACGCGUUAUUUCACCACAAGCAGGCCUGUAUGAGGACGUUAUUUGGCAUUCACAGGCCUCGGUUGUUGUUUUUUACGCUUCUGAAAUCUGAAUGAAUCAGUGAGGAGGAAAAGGCGUGCUUGUGUCCUACAAAAUAAUUAAAAAAAAAAAGACUUAAAAAUGACCCUGGAGUCUAUAAUGGCGUGCUGCCUCAGCGAAGAGGCGAAAGAAGCCAGGCGGAUCAACGACGAGAUCGAGAGGCAGCUCCGCCGGGAUAAGAGGGACGCACGCCGGGAGCUGAAACUGUUGCUUCUCGGUACUGGAGAGAGUGGGAAGAGCACCUUCAUCAAACAGAUGAGGAUUAUUCACGGUGCCGGGUACACAGAUGAAGACAAAAGGAGUUUCACUAAACUGGUGUAUCAGAACAUCUUCACAGCCAUGCAGUCGAUGAUCCGAGCCAUGGAGACACUCAAGAUCCCCUACAAAUAUGAGCACAACAAGGGUAACGCCAACAUUGUGAGAGAGGUGGACGUAGAAAAGGUCUCCACAAUGGAGAACCCUUAUGUAGAUGCAAUCAAGAGCCUUUGGAAUGACCCGGGCAUCCAGGAGUCCUACGACCGAAGGAGGGAAUACCAGCUGUCAGACUCCACCAAAUAUUAUCUGAAUGCGUUGGACCGGAUCUCAGAGCCAGUGUACCUUCCCACCCAGCAGGAUGUGUUGAGGGUUCGAGUCCCCACAACGGGCAUCAUCGAGUACCCGUUUGACCUGCAGAGUGUCAUAUUCAGGAUGGUGGAUGUUGGAGGUCAGAGGUCAGAGAGGAGGAAGUGGAUCCACUGCUUUGAGAACGUCACAUCCAUCAUGUUCCUGGUUGCACUCAGCGAGUACGACCAAGUGCUGGUGGAGUCAGACAAUGAGAACCGGAUGGAAGAGAGUAAGCUUGUUAGGACAAUAAUCACAUACCCAUGGUUCCAAAACUCGUCCGUCAUUCUGUUCCUCAACAAGAAGGACCUGCUGGAGGAGAAGAUCAUGUACUCACAUCUUGUUGAUUACUUUCCAGAGUACGAUGGUCCUCAAAGAGAUGCCCAAGCAGGGCGAGAGUUCAUUCUGAAGAUGUUUGUGGACCUGAAUCCAGAUAGCGAUAAGAUCAUCUACUCUCACUUCACGUGUGCCACCGACACAGAGAACAUCCGCUUCGUCUUUGCAGCCGUCAAGGACACAAUCCUGCAGCUCAACCUGAAGGAGUACAACCUGGUGUAGAGCGGAGCAGGGCUGCCAACACACUGACUGACUGACGGACACAAUCUGUGAAGAGAAAGAUCACGCACAUUCAUGAUGAGAAAAUCUAAUGGUUGCAUAAUAUUGAUUUAUUUGCAAUUUGUUGAUCGCAUGUACACCAAGGGGUUAGCAAAAUGUUAUCUUGAGAAGGUGAUGACAUGUAGGGGAAGGUGGAUAUUUGGAGGACUUUGCUGUUGAAUAUGUACAGCAGCAGUCCUCGUUGGUAUAGGCCUUGUGCAUUGUGGAGUUUUGUUUUUAUGUUAAGUUUUUCGACAAAAACAAACCACUUUGUGCACUUAGGGUAGAAGUGUUCUGAUACAUCAGAAACAGAUGGAAUGCAAUGUGCUCCCUCUCUGACUUUUUAUAUCCAAGAAAGGAAAAAAGCGGUCUUCAUCCCCUUUUUUUUCACCCUCCCUCCUUACCUCUACCUUUCCAUAAAAUCUGAUGCAUCUCUAUUUGACAGCAUUCACUUAAAGCAGGUAUAAACUGUGACUUUUAAAUGAUCUCACAUUGAUUUAGUAUCAAUUGACUUCAAUCAUUAUUAUUAUAUAUGCAUUAACUUCAGUACCAUCUGAUGAGUAGCGCAUGUGUGAUCAUGAAAGUAUUUCUUGCCUCUGUCAUGUGUUGAUUGAAAGCACAUGGCACUUCUGCAGUAUCAAUGUAACCGUGCCGUUCAGGAGUGUCACAGAAUUUGGCUUUAACAAAAUGCUUUCUGAGCUCUAAAGCAACCAGGCCAGGAGGCACGCAGGGACCUCUCUGCUCCGUCAUGGAAAUCCUGAUGGUGCUGGUUGCUUCACAAAGACUGAAGGGAGUGGAGGAUGUUAUAAUUAUGAGACAAUGUCGUUAAAUGAUUAUGUUCAACUGUGCCACAUUAACGCUUUUUAUAAUGGUAAUAUGUGUAUUUAUUGCCAAUGCCAAAAACCAUGACACAAGCACCAGACUCCAUUUUGCGCUGUUUACUUCUUUAAUGAAAAGUGUUGACCAAGUUGUUCCUGCAGUUCUGAAGUAUUUAUCAAAGUAAACAGAACAGUAUCCCCCACCCACCCCCCCCCCAUUUCCGAACUGUCUAAUCACAAUCCCAGGCGUGGCUGCAAACUCCGCCUCCUGGCCUGCAGUCACAUUGUAGCUAAAAUUCUCCAAUCACUACCCAGCUGUCUGACUGUUGUAGUUCAGUAGCGGUGGAGAAUACAUUGAUCUAAUUCCUCUGUUAAAGGGCAAAGUGUUGACGUUCAGUUUGUACCAAGUAAGCCCUUCUUGUCGUUGAUUGGCAACAACUUUCAUUCCUGACUCACUUUAAGUAUUUUUUUUGUAACGACUCCUGAGAACACAAGCCUGUAAUUUACAUUUAUUGAGGCAUAGUGCAAUUAUGAAUGCUAUAAUCAUUUGUACAUACAUCUCUAUAUAUAUGGCAGCAUCUUUGUUGGCUUUGUAAUCAUUACUUUUUUGGCAGAUUGAAAGUGCAGUAUUGAAAAUAUGUAUCUAUGUAAUUGUAUUGUAUGUCUAAUGGCUAAUCAUUUUUUUGGAAGAAAAAUAUGUUAUUUA